UCAUAUUCCAGGCCAGUCUUCCCUUUCCACAAAUACAUCAUCACCAUGGCUUCCACAAAAUCACUUCUCCGCUCCACUAGAGCAUUCCCCUGCAUCACUUCUUCUCAUGUCAGGUACAUUGCCACCUCCGUUCCCCGCAGAGAGUCACAAUCCACACCAGGUCAGACACCUCCGUCGAGCAAGACCACCCACUUCGGUUUCCGAGAGAUCCCCGAGGAACAGAAGGAGACACUCGUUGGAGGGGUUUUCAGCUCAGUCGCAUCCAGUUAUGACCUUAUGAAUGACUCCAUGUCCUUGGGCAUUCACCGUCUGUGGAAGGACUCUUUCGUCUCAUCAAUGCUUCCUCGUUUGCCUCCAUCUUUCCAUCGCAACCCCAAUGACCCGGUGACCGAGAAACCAGUGUUCAAGUGUUUGGAUGUUGCUGGUGGUACGGGUGAUAUCGCGUUAAGAAUAUUGGACCGGGCCAAGGACAAGUUUGCCUGUCGAGAUAUCGAGGUGGAGAUUGUUGAUUUGAACGAGGGCAUGUUGAACGAGGGUAGGAAGAGGGUUGCUAAAACCAUGUACUACAACACUCCUCAAAUCAAGUUUACUCACGGUAACGCUCAACACCUUCCUUCCCACAUUGCCGAUAACUCCAUCGACUUGUACACCAUUGCGUUUGGUAUUCGAAAUUGCACUUCCCUCCCUGCUGUCCUCAGCGAAGCUUAUCGUGUCCUUAAGCCUGGAGGCAAGAUCGGUGUUUUGGAGUUUGGUAAGGUUACCAACCCUCUCUUCAGAGAGAUCUACCGACAAUACUCUUUUCAGUUCAUUCCCGUAAUGGGCAAGAUUCUUGCCGGUGACUCUGAAUCUUACCAGUACCUUAUCGAGUCCAUUGAGCGAUUUCCUUCUCAGCCCGAGUUCGCCAAGCUUGUGCAAGAAGCAGGAUUCAAGACUGGCCAGAUGAGGGAAGGUCGAGGUGGUGCUUGGACUGACUACACCAACGGUAUUGCCACCGUUUGGACAGGUGUCAAGGUUUAAAUUGCGGAGUGUAUACCUCCAUAUAGGGCUUUGUUUGGUGUUCAAACAUCAUACACAAAGCAAAAAAUCAAUGGUACCAUGUCGAGUAGUAUUGGGCGAUCGGGCACAUAUGCAUCAACAAUGUUUCUGG